AUGGCGUGGGAAGAACCAAGAAAGACUGGGAUGUUAUAUCGCAGAGUGGGCAAUUCAGGCCUCCAUGUCUCCGUCAUUGGCCUGGGGGGUUGGUUGACCUUCGGUGGUCAUGUCGAGGAUGAGAAGACAUUUGCAUGCAUGAAACAAGCAUACGACUGCGGCAUCAACUUCUUCGAUACCGCAGAAAGCUAUGCCGGCGGUCAGUCAGAGAUCGUGAUGGGAAAAGCCAUUCGCAAAUACGGUUGGAACCGAAAUGACUUGGUCAUCAGUACUAAACUGAAUUGGGGUGUGGCGAACGGUGAAGUUUUGGUAAACAAUCACGGCCUAUCGAGGAAGCACAUCAUAGAAGGGCUAAAUGCAUCCUUGCAAAGGCUUGACUUGGACUACGUCGACAUCGUAUACGCCCACCGACCCGAGCGCCUUACGCCUAUGGAGGAAACCGUCCGAGCUUUCAAUCAUGCCAUCCAUCAGGGCUGGGUCUUCUACUGGGGAACUUCGGAAUGGUCUGCCGACGAGAUUAGCGAGGCGUGUGGCAUUGCAAAGAGCUUGGGUCUCAUCGCUCCCAUCGUCGAGCAGCCGCUGUACAACAUCCUUGACCGCAAGAAGGUGGAAGGGGAUUUCCAAAGAUUAUAUCCACGCUGUGGACUUGGGUUGACGACCUUUUCGCCCAUGAAAAUGGGUCUGUUGAGCGGGAAAUACAACGAUUCCAAGUCGAAGCCGCUUCGCGGUUCUCGGUUCUCUGAGAGCAAUGACAAGUUUUCCCAGUCCAUUCGAGAUAGUUAUGGCAAUGACGAGUGGUCCAGAAACAUUGCCAAGGUGACGAGGCUGAAGCCCAUUGCGGACAAUCUUGGUUGCACCAUGCCACAACUAGCGCUUGCAUGGUGUUUAAAAAAUGAAAAUGUCUCGGCCAUCAUCACGGGCGCUUCCUCGCCGGAGCAAAUCGUAGGGAAUGUACAAUGCUUGGGCUUUCUGGAUGACCUCACACCCGUUGUCAUGAAGCAGAUUGAUGAAGCAGUCGGUGAACAUGUCGAGUUGGAUCCAGCGCGACAAGACUAG